GUCUAGGUGUUGUCUUCUCUUAGUCCGGUUUGCUUCUCUCUCUCUCCCCCUUCCGCGGACCUGUUGUGCUUACCACUAACCAGCGUGCUAUCGCUGUUCCAGACACCCUCCUCUCGAAAUACUGGUCCACUCCGAACAGACGUCUUGUGGCGCUGCCUCAGCUCGGCACCAUUAUUCGACUGAGCAGGCCUUAUGGGUUUUCGUUAUCGGGCUUCCCUUCCGGAUCCCACCACUCCUUAGCUUUUAAUAGAAACUCCCUCGCCCGUUAGUCUCGGGGGCGACGACGGACGCGCGACGGACGCGCACCCUUGACCUUCGUCAACGCUGGAAAGAGAGACGGAGAUACGAAAGCCCCGUCCUCCUCUCACCAGUGACAGUGGUGACAGGGCAAAGCCGCGUGCUUCCUUUUUGUGCCGCCACUUGAACGGGUCGUCUUUUCGCGGCCGGACACCACACCGGCCGCCCAUGUUUCCUCGUUGUUCCGACUGGGACGGCCUGGCGAGAACCUCCCGCCCCUAGUGUUCGCCCGAUGUGCCCGUCACUGACGACUGUCGGACGCCAGUGCUUUUAAUCCGGAACAAACAUGGCCAGCUGGACCAACCUCGUGCGCGAUCCACCGCAGUUCCCGACGACGGCACCCGGAGCAGCGGGACCGCUCGUCAACGGCAAGGCACUCGCGGCUGCCAUGCCGGUGCUGUCCGCGGCCCCCAACGGCAAGCCGGUGUUCGGCAACGCCACGUCUUCCCCGCCGUCGAGGCUGGUCGUCGACGUCCGCGGACUGCGCGUCUCCUACGGUCGCGGCAAGAGCGCCGUCGAGACGCUCAGGGGCAUCGACCUCAGCCUGCCCGAGGGCAAGAUAUACGGACUCCUGGGUCCGAGCGGCUGCGGCAAGACCACCCUCCUGCGAUGCAUCGUGGGUCGACUAAAGCCCUGGCAUGGCAGCGUCCACGUGUUCGGCCACAAGCCGGGCCAGCCAGGCAGCUACAUCCCGGGUCCCGGUGUGGGCUACAUGCCGCAGGAGCUCACACUCUACCCGGAGUUCUCGAUAAUCGAGACGCUCACUUACUUCGGCCGGCUGUUCAGGAUAGAAAGCGACGUGCUCCAGGAGCGCACCUCCUUUCUUGUGCGCUUCCUGGGCUUGCCCGAGAAAACCCGCCUGGUGAAGAACCUGAGCGGGGGACAGAAGCGACGCGUCAGCCUCGCGGCCGCCUUGAUUCACCGGCCUCCGCUGCUCAUUCUGGACGAGCCGACGGUCGGCGUGGAUCCUCUGCUGCGACAGAGCAUCUGGCACUACCUGGUCACUCUGACGCACCGCGAGUCCAUCAGCGUCAUCAUCACCACCCACUACAUCGAGGAGGCCCGGCUGGCCAACCUCGUGGGCCUCAUGCGCCAGGGUCGAAUCCUGGCACAGGCGGUGCCCGACGACCUGAUGCAGCAGCACGGCAUGCUAACUCUCGAAGACGUCUUCCUCAAGCUGUGCAUGGCCGACAACCACCACAACGGCGGACACAACGGCGGUGGCACUCUGCAGCCGCAGCAGGCUGAGAACGGCGACGUCGUUGUCCCGGCGCCGCUUGCCGUCGAGGCUGCCAACGGCAAGACACUGGCGAGCCUCGCUGCAAGCAAGGAGACCUUGGCCGCCAACUCCAUGACCCACCUGGUGCGACGCAACAGUGCCAGCGUAGAGCAGCUGCCCGCGAUGACGGCGCAGGAAUUGAGCGACAAGCACGCCGUGCGCAAGAAGGAGCCCUUCCUGGACGCCUGGUUCAGGACGAGGGCGCUCGUAGCCAAGUCCCUCACCAGGCUGCACCGAAAUUUGCCGGUGCUGCUGUUCACAUUCCUUGUGCCGUCGAUACAAGUGGUGCUGUUCUGCUUAUGCAUCGGGUCUGACCCGUUCGAGCUGCAAGUGGCCAUCGUCAACCAGGAGACACAUCCGCUCCUGUCGGUGGCCUUCCUGCAGCGGAUAGACAACACUACGCUAAGUCAGAUUCCGUACCCGGACCUCGACUCGGCGCUAGACUCGGUGCGGAAGGGAAGUUCGUGGGGCGUCAUCGCCAUCGGGGCCAACUUCUCGGCGGCGCUGCACUACCGCUUCUUCCUGGGAGUGAACGCCGACAACCGCACCAUCGAGGACAGCAGCAUCAACGUCUACCUGGACAUGACCAACCAACAGAUCGGGUACACACUGCAGAAGACCAUCUUCGAGGCGUUCAGCUCGUUCUCGGCAGACAUUUUAAUCAGGAUGAACAAGAACCCUGCUCUCGCCCAACUACCAGUCGUGAUCAAAGCCCCCAUCUACGGCGUGGACAAGCCUAGCUUCACAGAAUUCAUGGCUCCUGGAAUCAUCAUCAGCAUCACUUACAUCAUGGCCGUAGGCCUCACAGCCAUUUCCAUAGUAUCCGAGCAAAAGGAGGGCCUCCUUGAGAGAAGCUGGGUGGCCGGCGUACGGCCGUUCGAGGUGAUCCUGUCGCACGUGAUCUGCCAGUUCUUGGUGAUGUUCGUGCAAGUGGCAGGACUGCUGGUCUUCACCUUCAUCGUGUUCGAGAUCCCGUCGCGGGGCCCCUUCGUGUGGGUCGUGCUUCUGACACUGCUGCAGGGCUGCUGUGGCAUGAUCUACGGCCUCGUCAUCUCCUCCAUGUGUGUUGAGGAGAACUCGGCCAUCAUGCUCGCCCUCGGCUCUUUCUACCCGAACCUGCUGCUCAGUGGCGUGGUGUGGCCGACGCAGGCGAUGCCGUACUACAUGCGCUACCUGAGCUACGGCCUGCCGCAGACCAUCCCCACCGAGUCGCUGCGCUGCAUCCUGUCUCGCGGCUGGGGCAUCACUCACACCGAAGUCUGGCUCGGCUUCGUCGUCUCGGGCGCCUGGUGCGCCGUCUUCCUCGUCUUCGCCGCGGUCGCCUUCCGCCUGCGAAGAAAAACAUUGCCGAAAGAGGAAUUCCCACGCGACGUCAUCGUCCGGGUUAAUGAAAACGGUUUUAUGAACGAAUCGUUGAUGCUGGAGUGGGUCCGGCUCGUCUGGAAGCGGCGACCUGGUGCUCUCUUUGAGCGAGCGAACAUGCUCGUUCUGGACUCAUUUCGAGGCCACCUCACAGCCAACGUAAAGCGGGCCCUGUGCGACGGCAAGACGGCCCUCGUGGUCAUCCCUGGUGGACUGACAUCUGUGCUGCAGCCACUAGACGUUGUGCUAAAUAAGCCGUUUAAAGAUAGAGUGCGCGAACUCUAUAAUGAAUGGAUGCUGGGCGAUAACCCGACUACCCCCACCGGCCGCCUGCGACGUCCACCGCUUGCGACUGUUUGUGGCUGGGUGUCGUCGGCGUGGAAAUCUCUCCCCGAAGAGAUGGUGCGCAAGUCUUUCAGAAAAUGCUGCACAAGCAACGCGCUGGACGGCACAGAGGACAAUGCUCUAUGGGACGUGGGCAGCGAGAAGCACUCGUCAUCGGACUCUAGUUCGGGCGACUCUGAUUCGGAAUCACUGGUUUCGUCCAAUCAACAAGAUCACUCGUUGCCAAUGGGUGACCAACCCCUAGUCGACCACGAAGCGCACAUGGAGGGCGCGACGCCACCGGCUGGCGAGACAUCGGCGGCGCCUGCUGCUUCGUCAGUCAUACAAAGCGAUACUCACGCAGCCACUGAGGGUCACGAAGGCGGCGAAGCUCCCGUAGCCGCCGAUGCCGAUGCCGAUGCCGGACCCGACGCCGCCAAGCGCUCCGGGGGCAAGACCCCGGCCGUGCAAAUCAGGGGCCUCGAACUGUGGUACGGCAGUGGCACCAACCGGGUCGACAUAUUCCGCGGCGUCGACAUGACCGUGCAGCGAGGCGCCAUCUACGCUCUGCUCGGCUCUUCGGGCUGCGGCAAGACCACCCUGCUGCGAUGCAUCAUGGGCCGCAAGCACUUCCAAAAGGGAAACAUACGCGUGUUCGGCUACGAGCCGGGCACCGCGGGCUCCAAGAUACCCGGCGCCAACGUGGGCUACAUGCCGCAGGAGGCGGCCCUCUUCGACGCCUUCUCCAUCGAGGAGACGAUGCACUUCUUCGCGCGCAUCUACGACCUGUCGCCGGAGGCCACCCACGAACGCACGGAGACCCUCGUCUCCUUCCUGGAGCUGCCGGACCCCAAGCGGCUCGUGUCGUACCUGAGCGGCGGCCAGAAGCGGCGCGUAUCCCUGGCCGUGUCGCUGCUCCACAAACCGCCGCUGCUGAUCCUGGACGAGCCGACCGUGGGCAUCGACCCGGUGCUGCGGAUGAGCAUCUGGGAACACAUGGUGACGCUGGCCGAGAAGGAGCGCAUGUCCAUCAUCAUCACGACGCACUACAUCGACGAGGCCCGGCUGGCGUCCAUGGUGGCCUUCCUUCGAGAAGGCGUCAUCCUGGGGGAAGACCCCCCCGGCGUGCUCAUGGAACGACACAACACCGACAACUUAGAGGAGGUGUUCCUCAUUCUGGCCACCUCCACCGAGACCGGCCAGGCGAGGAACGCGGCCAUCGACGGUGCGGGCGACGAACGCCCCACCUCGCUCUCGUUCAUGGCGUCGGUGAAGCGCGCGCGCAGCUCCAGGGGUUGCGAGCGCAAGGACUUCAACAGGUCGCGGGCGCGUAUCGGCGCCAUCUUCUACAAGAACGUUGUCAAGCUUCGGCGAAGCGUGGCGUUGUUGCUGUACAGCUUCCUGCUGCCGUCGAUCGAGGUGAGCAUCUUUUGCUCGAUCGUGGGCAACACCCCGUUCGACCUGCACAUCGCAGUCGUCAAUGAGGAGCCCGCCCCGACCGCGCCCGACGCCAGGGCCUUCAGCGUCGACUUCCUGGCGCACAUCGACAGCAGGAUCCUACCUCAGGUGAAAUUCGACAGGUUGGACGCCGCCCUCGACUCGGUGAGAAACGGCGAGACAUACGGCGUCGUCCACAUGAAGUUCAACAUCACGAAGAGCAUAGAGGCGCGCUACUCGUCCACCACCAAGCUCUCCGAGGGGCUCGUUGACUUCGCCUCGGUGCACGUCCACUUGGACAUGUCCAAUCAGCAAGUCUUCCUGACCGUAUACUCGUACCUUAAGUUCUCUCUGGACGCCACGCUGCCUGCCUUUCUGCCCAAUAAGCUGGCCGCCAGUGACGUCCUUGUGUUCGAAGACCCCGUCGUUGGCAGCAAGACCGCAACCUUCAGCGAAUUCGUGGCCCCAGGCAUGAUCCUCACGAUCACGUACUUCAUGGCGAGUACCGCGUGCCUGAACACCCUGCUAGAAGAGAAAUCCGAUGGGCUUCUGGAGAGGUGCAUCGUCGCCGGUGUCCGCUCGUUCGAAGUGGUGCUGGCCCACGUCAGCUCGCAGAUCUUCAUCAUCGUGGUGCAAGACCUGCUCCUGCUCUUCGUGGCGUUCGUCAUCUUCGAGUUGCCCUCGCGCGGACCCAUCUACGCCGUAAUCAUUCUCACGCUGCUGCAGGGAACCUGCGGCAUGAUGUUUGGACUCCUUAUCUCGUCCUUGUUCGAUGAUCCCGACGCGGCCACGAUGGUCGCGGUCGGCGCCAACUACCCGGCCAUGAUGGUCAGCGGCAUCCUGUGGCCCCUGGAGGGCAUUCCGACGGUGGUGCGCAUCGCGAGCUACGUGCUGCCGCUGACCUUGCCGGCAGACGCCUUCCGCAGCGUCAUGUCCAAGGGCUGGGGCCUCUCCCACACGAACGUGCUGUUGGGCCUCUUCGUCACCAUCACGUGGGCCUGCGUGUUCCUCGCAGGCACCAUCCUCUCCUUCCGCAAUUAGUGAUGGCCAGACGAGGAGCCGCAACCGACGUAGAUCUACCCCGUGGCAUGGUGACCAAGGGCCACCAUGUAACCUUUUUUACAAGGCCAUUCCUACGUCACGUGUCAUGCGAUGCAAAGUGACACUUUGCGAAGUGAAGUCGCAGAAAGGCAACGGCGCGGCCCAUUUGCAGCAUUGUACCGCAUCUUGGACAACGAGCUUGUGCUUAUGAGUACCGGUUCAACAGCGUGCUUGCAUGGUGCAACUGUUGGUGUUUGUUCUCCCAACGCACCGCGUACUAUCCCCGUGAUUAUUCGCCAACCCUUUUAUCUGUUUAAUAUUAUUAUUACUUCUGAGAAAAAGCAGUUGCAUAACAGACGCAUAUGCAUGUAAUCCGAAUUGUGUUUUUAGGCACUAUAGCUGUACAUUCAGACUUAACGCUUUGUGUAUAAUAUUUUGUACAGAGUCACCUCUGUGGAUAUAUGUAUGCCCGUUACCGACAAGACUGUGCGCCUCCCCCCUCUCUCCCAUUAUACUGCGCAUCAAACAGCGCUACUCACGUAGUGCUGCCACGAUUCUUAUGGCGCAGGAACGCCGUCAUGCAAGCAGGCCCAGCA